GCUGGAGCGAGGCGGGUUUGGGGUCGGUGAUACGGGUGUCUGGAUGUACAGGGAGGAGAGCUGAGGCAGGCUCCUUGGUGUCUGAGGCAUGCUGGGCUUUGGACCGCUCGUGGCGAUGGAGCGGGCCGUGCUGUGGACCCCGCUCUAGGAGUAGCCCACGCAGCGCUCCGCGUCAAGCCUCUGAGUUUCUGAGUGACCUGGGUUGGGAGCAUCAACACUGGGAAUCUCAGGUGGACCGUGAAAUUCAGACACAACAGCAAGAGGAAUGGAGCACUACCGGAAAGCUGGCUCUGUGGAACUCCCAGCACCUUCUCCGAUGCCGCGGCUACCUCCUGAUACCCUGGAGAUGCGGGUCCGAGAUGGCAGCAAAAUCCGCAACCUACUGGGGCUGGCACUGGGUCGAUUGGAGGGUGGUGGUGCACGGCAUGUGGUGUUCUCAGGUUCUGGUCGGGCUGCAGGGAAGGCAGUCAGCUGUGCUGAGAUUGUCAAGCGGCGUGUACCGGGCCUGCACCAGCUUACCAAGCUGCGCUUCCUGCAGACCGAGGACAGCUGGGUGCCAGUCUCACCUGACACAGGCCUGGAUCCCCUCACGGUACGCCGCCAUGUACCUGCAGUGUGGGUACUGCUCAGCCGGGACCCCUUGGACCCCAAUGAGUGUGGCUACCAGCCUCCAGGAGCACCCCCUGGCCUGGGCCCCACAUCAAGCUCCAGCUGUGGUCCACGACCCCGAAGAAGGGUUCGAGACACCUGGUCCUAAAGAUGUGCCAAGCAAGCUGUUUUCCACGCAUGAAUGUCUAGGAUGGCUUUGCCUCCUCAGGAAAGCCUCUUGUAACUGUUCAACAUCCCCAACAAGACUUGAAUUCACAGCCUCCCUGUCCUGCUUCCUUCUUUCUGCAGUGUGAAAAGGGACUGCUAUGAAGAGUUAAAAGGUGUGCGGUCUCAGCUGGGGUCUGGAUUGCUUAAGAAGGGUUUACUUGGCAUUCUACCUACUGUGCCUCUGUCCUUUCUUCUGACAGAGAUCCAGGGAGUGGGUUAGGAAAUAAACGUUCUGCCCAUUUGUUUGA